AUGAGUUUCAGAAAUUGGAAGAAGAAAGAAAGAAUUAGGAAUCCUAUUGGAGGUGUUGGAACUGCACUUGAUUGUGUGAGAUUUUUGUUGAAGCAAGGUCUUGCUUUUCGUGGCCAUGAUGAGAGUGGCACUUCAAACAAGGGGAAUUAUUUGGAGCUCUUACAAUUUCUUGCUGAUCAUGAUGAGAAAGUGAAGGUCAUUGUGUUAGAAAAUGCUCUAGGGAAUCUCAAGCUCAUAGCUCCAACAAUUCAAAAAGAUCUUGUUAAUGCUUGUGUCACUGAAACUAUUAAGAAAAUCAUUAUGGAUAUGGAUGGUGCAUUCGUUUCUUUAUUAGUUGAUGAAUCACCUGAUGUGUCAAUAAAAGAACAGAUGGCAGUGGUGUUUCGUUAUGUUGACAAAAAGGGGGAUAUAAUUGAAAGGUUUGUGGGCAUUCAACAUGUUAGCGACACUACAUCAAACUCACUAAAGGAGGCUAUUGACAAAUUGUUUUCAAGAGAGGAAUUAAGCAUUUCUAUGCUAAGAGGACAAGGAUAUGAUGGAGCUAGUAAUAUGAAGGGUGAGUUCAAUGGUCUUAAAACACAGAUUUUGAGAGAAAAUCCUUGUGCCUAUUAUAUUCAUUGUUUUGCAUAUCAACUUCAAUUAGCUCUUGUGGCCGUGACAAAGGGAAAUGCUGAUAUUGCCACUUUCUUCACAUCAUGCAAUAGCUUUGUUAAUAUUGUUGGAGCAUCGUGUAAACGUCGUAACAUGCUUAGGGAUCAACUACAAAAGGAUACUACAGAAGCUUUUGAAAAAGAUAAUCUUCCAAAAGGGCGAGGCUUAAAUCAAGAAACUUGUCUCAAGCGACCCGGUGAUACACGUUGGAACUCACAUUACGAUACAUUACUUAGAAUCAUUUCCAUGUUCAAAUAUGUAGUGAAAGUGCUUAAAUUGAUUAUUGAGGAUGACUCCACUAAUAAUAUAGGUGAACCAAAUAGGUCAUUGAGAGAAAUACAAUCUUUUGAGUUUGUAUUUCACCUAUUUUUCAUGAGAUCUAUAUUGGGAGCCACCAAUGAUUUGUCACAAGUAUUACAGAAGAAUGAUCAAGACAUUGGGAAUGUAAUGACUUUAGUUAAAGAUUGCAAGGACCAACUACAACACAUGAGAGAGAAUGCAUUUGAAGCUUUGCUUGAUCAAAUAUCUUCCUUUUGUGGAAAACAUGAUAUCAAGAUUCCAAACAUAGAUGAUGCACAUGUAACUCAAUGGAGAUCGCAUUGGAGAACUCCUAGAAUAACACACUCCAUCAUUAUCGUGUGGACAUCUUUAUUCAAAUCAUUGAGUGACAACUUGCAGAAUUAA